UUCGGGUGGAGCACCAGGCACCGCAAGCUGCCAUCGCCGGAACGAGGAUGUGGAUCCCACCGAGAGAAUGCUCGAUGCCAUUUGCAUUGUGGGUGAACGAAACGACCAAAGCAACGUCGCGCUACUUCUUCCUUCAGCACCGGAAGGGCCAUGGAAGCGUUCGAGGAUUCUCGUCGAUGCUGGUCGGCACGUUGGACAACGUGCUGGACACAAAACCGUCGCCGUACAGAAUUUUGCAUUACCAACCGUCGACGGGGCUGUGUUUCGAAAUCGCCGCUGACAUCACACUGGAAGCGAUCAUGCUGGACUGGGAUUGGCUGGCGAAGAAUCUGUUCCGCGUCAUCAGCGACAUGGAAAGCGACUCGAUGGAGGAGGCGGAGAUCACCAACUUUACCAUCUGCAAGAUCCAAUCCCUGCUGGCGCACCGCACGCAACCAUCGGAGGAACAGAACGAUCCCACCAGCUUCCAGCUGGCGGUGAACAAGUUCCGCGAGAAGUUCCGCAUGCCCGAGGACGAGAAGUUGGUCAACUACUACUACUGCAGCUACUUCCGGAAGAUUCCCCGACAGGGCCAGCUGUACCUGUCGCUCAAUCAUCUAUGCUUCUACUCAUACAUACUCGGCUCGGAAAGCAAGCUCUGCUUUCGCUACAACGAGCUAACCGAGAUCAAGAAAUCGGGCAACACGAUCACGAUCCGGGCCGGGCAGCAGAGCACCAAGGAGUACACGUUUAUGUUUCUCCUGUCGCCGAGCGAAGUGUACCAGCUGAUCGAGCAGCUGAGCAAGCUGACGAUGCAGAAGAUGAUACAGGACCCGGACCGGCCGCUCGUCGACCAUGAUCCGGUCAUACUGAAGAAGAUGGAGAAAAACGUCUCCCAGAAGACGCUGUUGCUGCGCGAUCUGACCGCGCGCCAGCAGUCGGACGAGUAUCGGAUACAUUUUCGGGUGCCAAAAACGGAGAUAUUGGACGGGCGCAUCAAGGCGUCCCUGUGGGCACCGUACAGAAAGAAGCACAUCGAAGGUAUACUCUACUUGUCGCAGAAUUAUUUGUGUUUCAAGAGUGACGUCGUUGCGAUGGUUAGCUUGGUUAUUCCUCUGAGUAAGAUUGUUAGCGUGGAAAAAAACGAAGAUCCUCACAAUAGGUUCAGCAAUCGAAUCAUUAUCACCACCUCUGACGGGAACAUUUUCGUGCUGCAGCACAUCCUCGAUCGCGAGUUUUUGAUAAACAAAAUUUCGGAACUACUUUCCAAAACUGUCGCACCGGCCCGUGUACCCGACGAUCUAGAUUGGGUCAAACAGGAACCUCUGAUGCAUCUGUUCAAGGACCCGAACAAUCGCGCCUUUGAUGAACUUCAGGCGGAGAAGAUGAAACGUUGGGAGGAACACUUUUCGAUGUACGGGCGAGGCAUCUCGAUGUUUCGUACCACGGACACGAUCAAUCUUGUGAUCGAGGGCAUUCCCGAUCACCUGCGACGAGAAGUGUGGCUCAUUUUCUCCGGGGCGAUCCAUAUGAAAAUGACACAUCCGAACCUCUACAAGGAGCUGGUUACGAAGGCGAAGGACCAGCAUCCGGUGUCGUUUGAGGAGAUCGAGCGUGACCUGCAUCGCUCGUUGCCAGAGCACCCAGCGUUCCAGACGAGCAUUGGAAUUACGGCGUUGCGGCGUGUCUUGCAAGCGUACGCAUUGCGCAAUCCGGAAAUUGGAUACUGCCAGGCGAUGAACAUCGUGACGUCGGUGUUUUUGAUCUACUGCGACGAGGAGGACGCGUUCUGGAUACUGAGCUGCCUGUGCGAGUCGCUGCUACCCGAUUACUACAACGAUCGCGUGGUCGGGGCCCAGAUCGACCAGGGACUGCUGGACGAGCUGAUCGCGAGUCACUUGCCGAAUCUGCACGUCAAGCUGGCCGAACUGGGGAUGAUACGGAUGAUUUCGCUCUCCUGGUUCCUGACCAUCUUUCUCAGCGUGAUGCCAUACGAAAGUGCCCUGCACAUCAUCGACUGCUUUCUGUGCGAUGGUGCCAAAGUGAUUUUCAUAAUAGCUUUAAAAAUUCUCGAAUGGAACCAGGAGAAGCUGCUCAACUGCAACGACGACGGCGAGGCGAUGCAACUGCUCUCCAACUUCCUGUCCGGCAUCUUCAACGAUGAGGUUCAGCGGAUCAAGAUUGAGGACAAGGAAAAGCAGCAAGUCAAAAGUCAAUCAGUGCAGACACUGAUCUACGAAGCAUAUCUGAAAUUCGGCAAAGCAAUAACAUCCCAGAAGAUUGAGGAACUGCGGAACAAACACCGCCGAUUGACCGUCCACCAGCUGGAGAAGGAUCUGGAAAAUAGUGUGAUAAAAAAUUACAAAGACAAUGGGUACUUCGACUGUGACGAGCUGCGGAUGCUGCUGUGCUACACGAAGGACGAAAAGAUUAGCUUGAAAAAUCGAUCUCGUCCAACGUCGGUGAGCGGUGGUGAGCCGGUGUACGACGUUGCGGUGCUGAACGAUGCCAAGAAACGAUUCCGGGACAAUCGCUACGACUGCUUCCGGGUCGACUAUGAAACGUUUCGAAAGCUGUUUGUCGAUCUGACUCCCUGGGGACACUGUCAGAAUAUCGACAUUUCAGAGAAGUUGUUCCGGUUGAUGGAUAAGCAAUCGUGUGGCUACCUGGAAUUCAAGCAGUUGAUCUUCGCGAUCGGCAUCAUCUGUUCGAAGCGGGCGACGGAAAAGCUGAAGCUGCUGUACAUCCUGCACCUGCCACCGCUGCUGACCACGCAGGAACUCGAGACGAGCAGCAUUAGCGAAUCUCGCGACUCGGACACCGAGGUCGCUACCGAAGCGGAAAGCUUCUUCAGCGAGAAUCCACUCGAGACGCUCAAGUCACUCCCGUCCCCGAUCGACAUAAGCCUCGAGGCCACCUCGGACGUGGAGAAUCUUUCCCUUUCCCAUUUCAACGCUACCCCGAACCUCUCGAUGGACGAAUCGAAGUCCGUCGGUGAGGGGGAAACGUCCUCCGUAUUCUACGUGGAUCUGCCCAGCACUAGCGGUACGCUGAUGGUUGGAGGUGGUUCGAUUGCAGGAACGUCGGGCACGGCCACCGGCGCUGCCAAUGCGAACCUGGGUGAGGCGGAGUCUUUCGGUUCGCGUUCGGACAUUAGUGAUCUUGGGUUCCAUCGGUACGGUAGUCUCGAUGAAAGUGCAAGCCGUCGGACCGGGACGGAAGCGCGCAGCAUCAGUGGCCUGCGCAUCUUUCUGGACGAUCCGGACUCGAACUUUACGUACAAAACCAUUCCGAACAUGACGCAGAAGAACUUUAUCUCGCUGUGGACGACACUGUUGGAGAUACUGAACAAGGAUCGGAAGGUGACCGAUCAGGAGGUUCAAACGUCCUAUAAAACGUUAAUCGCUCUCGGGGAAGAUGCCGCCUUCAAUCGGCGAGAUGACAGUAACGAUAGCUUCACCCAGUUGGCCUACCCGGCAGUGGAAGUGGGAGGUGAUGGCUUCGAUCCGAACGGCAACCCGUCGUCGUCCAGCUCGGAACGUACACCCCGCCACCGGUCGGCAUCGGGUGGAGGGGGAGGUGGUUUUGCCAGCAACGCACCGGACGUACCGUGGGAAAUUUCUCUCACCCAGUUCGUCGCCACCGCGAUGGCCGUCGGUAUUAUCGAGGAGCAGUUUUCGCUUCCAUUUUCGAUCAGUACACGCGUCGAGACGCUGCAAAAGAAUCGACGAAAGUGCAAAAGUUAAGCAGGAGCUGAUACGUACAACUGGCCACACAGGGCUCUCUUCCCAUUCCCUCCCCUUUCGCGCACACAGCGAAGCGCUUCUUGCCGCACACCGUUCCCGCCGUGUCCCCUUCCGUUCGAGCUUUAUUCUCUCCCCCGGCAUCCCCCGGGAGGAGGUUACUGUUAACGCGACGAUGAAUCGUUGCCCAGAUGAUAAUGCCGCUUUCUCCGCUUUUGAGCCGGUGCUAUAUUGUUGAUAUUUGGAGCGCUUUGAAUUGUUACAGUUUCUUACGUUUUUUUUUUGUUACUUGUGGUAGUGGAAUAUUUUCUUUGGAGCUCAUUCCUUCGGCGCCAAUUUCUGUUUGCCCGAGAGUAGAAAAGAUUGCUGAGUGCUUCUAGCGAGUAUCCUUUGUCCCGCUGCUCAAAUGUAGUGCCCCCGUUUAGUGGACCCACGUGUAUGUUUCCCAUCAUCCACUAGCAUCGAGGAGCAUGUAAACGAACAAACGGUAGAGGAAGAAAGCACAUAAAUAAUCAUCGGUACGGACGGUUGCUCUCAGGCACACAUGGAUGGUGAUGGAUUCCGCCUUCCCCCGGUAUAGUGAAUCACGUGUUUGGCUCGGCAAUGGCCCCGUAUGAAGGGGUCUCUCGUAGAGCAGCCCGUACCGUGGCUUGUAAUGUGCGGGCAAUAUUCUGAUAAGUUAUGCCUAUACACAUAUUCUAUAGGAAGCUAUUUUAUGAGAGAAAUAUAAGAGAAUAUAUAUGAA